CUUAAGGGCUGCUGUGCUUCAUAGUUAGGCUUUUCCUAGAGUCCUUGACCUUACCCUGAGCAAACUGCAAACUAGUUAACAAUUCAUUUUGAAGAACUGAAUGUGCAACCGAGAUAAGAAACGCAAAGAAUUUUGACAACAUUUUUCUUGAAUUACCAGUGUGCAGCAGACGUACAGCGGCGGGCCUGUUGCCUCCGAAUUAAUGAAAUAAUUAGAAAUACCUUAUUAGAAUCUUGGGAUGAUGUGACAGUGAUGUGACCCGAUGCUCGGCAUUAAGGAACGACAGUUGCUGAUCAGUCCUUUCAACCUCCAUUUUUGCGUCAUACUCUUAUAAUGCAACAUUGACAGCGCAAGAACGCAACUGGGAGCGAAUGUUUAAUCGCGAUAGUAGGUAGCAUCAAUUAAUGGGCUUGGCCUCCCUAUACCUUCUUGUGUCAACACGAUCGUGGCGCAGUGUGGGAUGCUUAUUGCUGUUGACGCCGUGUUUGGCUUGGCACGUGCCCGGUGAUCAUGAGGGUAUCGAUUUGCGCGUAUACAACUUUGUCCCCGGAAAGACCGCCGCGCCCGCCGACUGGAAUACCCGACCAAUUCCGCAAUCGCCUCCUCCUAGACGGACACCUGGCCCAGGAGGAAGCGGUGGUGGCGGUGGUGGUAGCGGUGAUGGUUCCACCGUUCCGGCACGGGAGACGGCAGUGGCGGCAGUGGCGGCAGUGGUGGAGCCGGCGGGGAUGGGACGUCAGGCGGUCAGGGCGACGGCAGCGUCAGCGGCAGCGGCGGUGUGAAAGGUUCCGGUGCGGGUGGUGCUGCUGGGUCCGGACAGAAAACGGGAGUGGGAGCAGCUGGCAAUGGGACCUCCGAUGAGGACGCUGCAGCAGGCGGCGACAGUACGAUGAUGUACGUCGGCAUAAUCGCAGGCGUUACGGUUGUUGCGGGCGCUGCCGCGGAGGAUACUGGUACUGGAAGCAGCAGCAAGCCAAAAAGAAGAAAAAACCAGAGGAAGAGGGCGAUGAGGAGUCCGAAGAUUAAAACCUCAUCACUUUCACAGAAACCGACCUGUGGCUUAUUAUUUGCAAGUUUGAUUAUUGAAAUGCUUGCAAUCCUUCAAAUAACGCCUUAUGUAACCAGGUUAGGAGCAGACGAUGCCUUUUUUUGCGGCAGAAUUUUGCGGCAGCCAAUAGGUGCAGAACGCCGACGAGAGAAGCAGCGCAUCAUGCUCCACCGGAUAGGACCCUGCAAAGGAGGCGACGACGAGCACUUCUCGGUGCAGUUGCGUGGCGGGCCGGAGAAGUUCGAGGUGACCAGCUGGCUGCUGAUCCAGUCGGCGAAGCGCACGGACGAAGGCAACUACCGCUGCAUCGCCAAGAACGACCUGGGCCAGAAGGACAUCCACGCCGCCGUCAAGAUCUACCGCAAGGGCCAACAGAUCCCCGCCGAGGGCCAGAUCCCGCCCCCCAAGGACUCCCGCCUCCACCCCAACCUCAUGGGCACCACGCGCGAGCGCCGCUCGCCAUGGGGCGCUUUGGGGGAUUAAGCUGAAAAGACAGUAUAUGCGGCACUCGCAGAAGGUUAUACGCAGGGAUAAUUUAAAUGCAGCACGCUUUUCUGGGCUCUUCAUUGUUGUCUGACCGUUAGGCUAUACUGCUGCUUAACUCGCCGGUGAAGCGUGGCUUCUGCAGUAACAGCUGUGUUGUUCGUUGCCGCAGCUGCUGAUGUUGUGGCCGUUUUGCCGACUGUCACUGGUUUAUGUAGAACUUACAAGGCCUCACUAUCUGGUGGUUUGUUUUCCGGAUCGUGAUUGGCAGUCUGUCCGUUUUGUUUUGGA